AUGGCGCCAGGUCCGAACCUGAAGCCGAUAGCGACGCGGCCGCGCGAGGCGGCCGCGGGACCGUCCACCUCUGCAGACCUGGAGCGAGGCCGCGGCGGGUCACCCGUGUCCAGCAGCGGCGUCGCGACCCCCAAGGGCCGCGCGGCGGGCGAGCUGCAGAGCGAGAGCCCGGCGAUGGGCAGCGAUAGCUCCAGCCCCUGGCGCCGCUUCUUCCGCGGCGGCAGCCGCUACCCCAACAGCGAUGCGGACAGCUUUGGCAACAGCCCACGCAACCUUAUGGGCUUCUCCCCCAAGGCCACCAGCAGCAGGAGCGAGAGGUGA